AUGAUCACUGAUCCAGCCUUGAAAAACAAAAUGAUCCUCAUUCACGGUGUCAUGAUGGCCUUUGUGUGGCUGAUUGCUGUGCCAAGCGCUAUAUUGCUGAGCAUGUAUGCAAGAAAAAAGAAGAAGCCUUGGGGCCCAAAAGUGCACAUGUUGAUCAUGGCUUCAGCAGCAUUCAUACCAUAUACUGUGUCAGCUAUUCUGGCAUUCACAGUGGCAGGUCAAAUCAACCCCAAGCCGCAUUCAAGCAUUGGCACUGUCCUAUCCGUUGGCUUAUGGUGCCAAGUAACAUUGGGUGUGGUGAAUCACCUCGUAUUCAGAUAUAGACGGAAGAAUAAUUGCCUACCCAAUAAAAGACCAUGGAACAACUAUGUUCAUAUAUGGCUUGGCUCUAUUCUGGCCGUUUUAGCAUUGGUCAAUAUACCAUUGGGCAUGAGAAUCAAGAGAGCGCCCAUGUCCUUCUUCAUUGGAUACGCUGUAUGGGUUACUGUCCUUGCUAGUGCGUAUCUGUACUUGACUUGGAUGAAGGAGGAAGCGACUCACGCAUCCAUUGAGCACAAGACACAUCCUGAAGAGAUUAAAAUUGCCAAUGAAACCAAAUAA